GUUGUACAAUAUCCCGCGCACCACAUUGAGGGACAAAAUAAGUGGUAAAGCGCCUGUUGUAAAAAAGAUGGGCCCACAAACCUACCUCACUGAAGCAGAAGAAAAUGUUUUGGUGAAUUUUAUUGUUAGCGCACAGAAACGUGCCCACCCUGUUACCAAAGAAACCAUUAUGUCAUUGGUAACUAGUCUUCUUUCGGAUGAAAGGUUACUUAUGGAAGUAAAUAGAAACCGUCCCUUUCAAUUUGGAAGAUCAGGGACUCGACAGCCAGGGAAUAAAUGGUAUAAGCUAUUCCUGUCGAGGCAUCCUAACAUAGUUGCUCGCAUGACUGAAUCAUUAAGUGCGAAUAGAAGAAAUGUCUCACAAGCUGUCAAACAACAAUGGUUUGCUGAUAUAAGAUCGUACCUCUCUGAACAUGACCUUCUUGAAAUCCUUCAGGAACCCCAGCGUAACUAUAACAUCGACGAGUCGGGGUUCCAGUUUUCACCCAAGGUUUCCAAAGUUUUAGCUGCUAAGGGUUCUAAAAAUGUACCGUAUGCGACAUCUUCAAAAGAAAAGGAAAGAAUCACUGUUCUAGGUACAUUUUCAUUUUAUUCUUUGCUCAUUUUUAUGUUAUUUCUGUAAUGCUUUUCUUUUAAUGCUGCACUAUAAAUUGCUUUUUUUUCAACAUAUCUCUGAGCAUGAUAGCUUAGCAUGAUACUAGCUU